AUGCAAUCGAGUAUUGGUCCGGCCAGCUCUGAUAUGCCAAUAGACGAAGAUGUGAUCUCAGUUCACUCGCAGUCGGAUGGAGCUGGGCACCGAUCACGUUCACGAAGCCCCUCUCUCAGAUCCGGGUAUACUACAGAUGAGGUUGAACGAGCUGACACUGCGCCCUCUCGCCCCUCUCGCUCCCGUCGUAAGCCAGACGUGUAUGAGCUCACAGACGACCAGAGCUCAUCUUCCGAUGAUGAUGUGGAUGACACUCGCCGUCUCACUCGUCACAAGAGUCGUCUGGCACAGUUACUUGGGCGAGUUCAUGGUCCCGAAGAUCGCUCACCCUCGCCCAUGGCAGCCUCGGAUGAUGCGGACGACACCGACAGUUCGGGCGCACUGAUUCCCUCGGACGACGAGGAAUCGUUAGCGGACACUGGGGCAGGCAAAGACCCUUUCAUGCGUGACUCCGACGACGAUGAAGGGUCACCCGAUCUGGAAGAUGAACUCCCAGAAGACGACGAGUGCACUCUCCCUCCCGCUUUCACUGAGCACCCCCGUCUGCGCUUCGCGUAUGUCAACGCAUUCGUACAAUCUGUGUUUCAUCAAGCCAAGGAUGAUGCUGUCCAUCAGCAGCUUUACGGGGCAUACUUGAACCGUUUUUACCAUCCGACUUGA